CCGCCCCGCCCCCAGGCUGCCCUCAGAGCCGCCUGAUUUUAGUUCGGGCCUCGUUGCGUUGGCCCAGGGGAAGCGCCAGGAACACUCGAGCCGUGCGAAGGUUGCCAGGCGCGGAUACUGCUAGUCCCGGCCAUGUCUGGCUCUCACGCUCCAGAGGGAGACUGUUGCUCACGGCAGUGCCGCGCGCAGGACAAGGAACAUCCAAGAUACCUGAUCCCAGAGCUUUGCAAGCAGUUCUACCAUUUGGGCUGGGUCACUGGGACUGGAGGAGGAAUUAGCUUGAAGCAUGGCAAUGAAAUCUACAUUGCUCCUUCAGGAGUGCAAAAGGAACGGAUUCAGCCUGAAGACAUGUUUGUUUGUGACAUCAAUGAAAAGGACAUAAGCGGACCUCCGCCAUCUAAGAAUCUUAAGAAAAGCCAGUGUACUCCUCUUUUCAUGAAUGCUUACACAAUGAGAGACGCAGGCGCUGUGAUCCAUACCCAUUCUAAAGCCGCUGUCAUGGCCACCCUUGUCUUCCCAGGAAAGGAGUUUAAAAUUACACAUCAAGAGAUGAUCAAAGGAAUAAAGAAAUGUACCUCGGGAGGGUAUUACAGAUACGAUGAUAUGUUAGUAGUACCUAUUAUUGAGAACACACCUGAGGAGAAAGACCUCAAAGAGCGCAUGGCUCGGGCAAUGAAUGAUUACCCAGACUCCUGCGCAGUGCUAGUCAGACGGCAUGGUGUCUACGUCUGGGGAGAAACGUGGGAGAAGGCUAAAACCAUGUGUGAGUGUUAUGACUAUUUGUUUGAUGUUGCUGUAUCAAUGAAGCAAGUAGGGCUGGACCCAGCACAGCUUCCCGCUGGAGAAAAUGGAAUUGUAUAAGUAAAUGGAAAUUUACUAUAUAGAGAGAUAAAGGAAAAAGGGAAGUGAAGUCGCUCAGUUGUGUCCGACUCUUUGCGACCCCAUGGACUGUAGCCUACCAAGCUCCUCUGUCCAUGGGAUUUUCCAGGCAAUAGUACUGGAGUGGAUUGCCAUUUCCUUCUCCAGGGGAUCUUCCCAACCCAGGGACCGAACCCAGGUCUCCUGCAUGGUAGACAGACGCUUUACCAUCUGAGCCAUAGAGAGAUAAAGCUUAUCUUAAUUAUUACAUAAAUGACAUGACCUUUUUGAAAUGAAUUGAAAAUGUCCAUGAAGAUAUUGAUUUGUCACUAAACAAUGCAGAUCUUCUGACACUGGGUGAUAUUUGCUUAUAUUCUUAUAACCUUAAAUGACAAUGCAAUGGAAUAAAAAUUUUAUAAUGAA